GCACACGGGGCCACCAUACGGGUCUUAGUCGUCUCAGCCUAUCUAAAUACUUAUCUGCAUUCACAAUCAUCGCUAUCAGGACAAGUCGUUUUGCCCUCGCGCACACAAUGAAGGUGACCGACUUUGUGAAGAUGUGACCCAAAUUAUAAACGCGACCACGUAAACAAAGCAAAAUAUUCGUCGGCACCACGAAUGAGGUUUCUGCAAAUAGGUCAUCCAGUUCAAGUUGAUGUUGGAGCUGAAUACAGGAUACAGUGUUACAUCCUUGACUUGCUGAGUGUGCUACGCAGAGAGACAACAUUUCACCACCUGACAGUCAAAGGGACAUAGUUACAACCAGGCCUUGUUGAGACACUUCGAGCCGGCAACAGUGAAGGGACUGGUCAUUAUGGAACGGACUGGUCAUUAACAAUAGGUUCAAAAGCAGACCUAGAAUGCCAUCCAAGCACUGUAGAUUUCAUUUUCAUCAAAAUCACUGAGAAGCAGACAAUAUUCGAGUCGAGAUUAUUCGAAACAGUAACAGAUCGAUUCUGGUGUUUACGAGGCAUAAAAGUGUCAUCUGUUGUUUGAAGAUGAACUUGCAGUCAGCUGAGACGUUCCGAUAUGUUUCAUAUCUGUUAUAACCGCUUACUUCAUGGCAUUAGUUAGUAGCAGUUAGAUCAGUCGAUGUGUUAUUGCUUUAUCAGACGAUUCUGCACGGCGAACCUGCUCACAAAAUCGAGUUAAAUCCUAAAUUUCUGUAAACGAUGUCUGCCAUGUUUUCCCCUUCUUUCCACAUGCAGUGGUGCUAUACUGAAUAUUGGCUUGAGGUCCAGAAAUACCCCACGUGACCAAAUGUUAUUUUCUCCUCGCUGCCUAGGGAAGGUUAGUGAAGCUAAUUAGCAACUGUCAUACGUAAGCUGUUAUUCGUUGAUAUUACGAAUGUCACAUUACAUUCGCUGUUGGAGACCUGGUAUCAGUGGCAUCUUUGACGUAAUCUCAUUAGCCAUGGUGUUACUGUCGUUCCACACAAUAGCUACUCGGGAUGUACACCUUAGCUUCUUCAAUCACUCUCGGCAAAGCCAAUUGAUAGAGUUCAUUCAGGAGAUAUAAUGAGAAAGUACCACUGGAACAUUCGAUUUUAAUUGGGAGACUAUUUACACAGGAAAAUUCAUUGUGAAGGUGUAUCCUUUCCAUACCGUAUAUGGACGAUGGAGAAUGGAUAGAGGGGUUAUCACACACUCUGACCGCAGCAUCCAUCCGACAUCUGACCUUGGAUAAACUUGAAAGGAACCGCAGAACUAUGUAACAAUAUAAACCGUCUGGCCUUAGUACUCUAAGGUAUGACAGAGACGCGAUGAGUGACAUGAACCGUUCAUUGAUUGAGUCGAUCUUGAACGUGAGCGAGUUGGUGACGGGAGACCUGUGUUUCGGAGUUCAGGCGACUAUUGGCAUAAACAUGAUUGUUACAAUCUUCACCAACGUCCUCCUGGUAUUGAUCAUCUCCCGUAGCACCAGUUUACAGGCCGCACCCAAUACCUUCCUUCUCAACAUUUGCUACGCCAAUCUCAUCCUUGCGGUGGCAAUGGCGGCCACUUUACUGACACAUCUCCUUCAACCAGAGCAUUACGCCACCCACAGAAUCAUUGAAAACGUCUCGCUCUUCUUUAAGGCUUGGCCCAACUUCAUGUAUCUGUCGACCUUCACCUUCAUUGGGUAUUUUCGGCGGAGGAUGCUUCAAACUCCAGUGUUGACGCUGUGUGCGCGGAAGAAGUUGAUCCAUAGGUUAGUGUGGAUUUCUCGCAUUCAUGCUCCUGUGAUGAGCCUGAUGGUGGUGCUGUGUGUCAAGGACGAUCUGUAUAGCAACAUCGCCAUCUCCUACUCUCAGACAUCGUACAAGCGCACCACAACAAUAGCCUGGCCACAGAUCAUAGCACUCGCCAUUGAAUUUGCCAAUUGUGCUGCUUUUUUAAUUUCGAUCUUUGUCCUCUAUAUUCAACUCUUCAAAAUGAGUCGCAUUGGCAAAAAUAAAGUUCUUCCGAAACGGACAAGCGCUUUCCGACUCCGAAUCAACAGGAACAUGUCAUCCUUUCAUCUCGACCAGACACAACCCAAUGAGACAGGUCGCCCGUACGUUUUCGGUGAGCCGCUCAACAUAUUCAGUGUCUUCUACACGAAAGCGGAGCAGAGUGUGGCGUUCAAGGACAUCUUGGAGCAUCCACAGCAGAAUGGAACACGACGGCAGUGUAGCAACUUUAGCCGGGGCAAUUUGACCUCUGUGCAGGCCCAAUCACCACAGUUCUCGGACAUUUCCCCCGGGGCUCAGCUCAAAAAUUAUAACCAAGCCACUUUACGGAGAACCUUAGCGAUCCGGAGAGACACCAAUACUCACACCAGUGCUCUUCAAAAUGGCUUCAUCCUCGUCUCCAUCUACGCCAUAUUCACUGCCCCGGCCAUGUGUACCUGUGUAAUCGUCUUGUUCUCGGAGCUCACCAUCGAGGUCAUGAUAUUGAGAUACAUAGGGAAUAUGCUUUACUUCUUGCUUGGCCCAGCAUACCCUAUAUUCUACUUCAUCUCAAAUAAGAAGGUCAGACGGUCGAGUUUUAAAUUCCUUGUUUACUGCUCACGAAGAGCAACCUCUCUUUUCCAGGGUUUUACCGAUGGGUGAUUAGACUAGGCCUAUAUAUAUCUGAUCACUGUUGGUCUGACUGAGCGCUUUCCAGUUUGUUCUAUUAAACACUAUUUGUAUCAAAAUGUUAUCAUUUAUUUAUCUAACAC